AUGAAUUCGGUGCGCUAUCUUACAUUGAUCCUUUUAUCGUACUCAUUAGGAGAUUUACUAAUUUAUAUACUUUAUUCUCAGCAGACAAAUAUAAAUCUGCUUUCGGACCUGAAAAAUAAUUUGCCCAGCUCUAUUUUUGAAAAUGAGUAUUAUUUUGACUUUCAGUUUGUAGAGAUUACUGCAAAUCAAACAAUUGAAAAUAUUUUAGAAGCACAGCAGACUUUUAUCACUAUAGAUGUCACUUUUGACGUAUAUUGAAGCAGCAUAAUUUAUCAUUAUACAGAGCGAAAUCAAAUAGUCAAUCUUAAUUUGAAUUUCGAUUCUAACUCCUAUGGCGAAUGACAAUUUUUUAUUCAUAAUUCUAUUGACCAACAUCAAAAUGCAGCGGGAUUCAUAAUAGAUUUUUUUGAGUGGAAAAAUUUUGCCAUUAUUUCAAAUGAGUCACCAAUAAAUCUAAAACUAGCCUUAAAUGUUGAAACAAAAUACAGAAGCCAAGUUUCCCAAAAAUUAGUUCUCCCUGACUCCAUAAGUGAUGAAAGCAUAGAAAAUUUAAUUUCUAAAAUUAUUAAGCCAAAUGGGAUUCAAUUAUUUUUUAUUUUAGAAGAAGGAUAUGGAUUAUGAAAAUUUAUUGAAAAAUUAAAAAGUAAAAAGAUAUACAAAAAAGGGGCAGGAAUUAUAGUUGGAAGCACAGCUAUAUGAGCACCUGCUGAGGAUGGAGUUACAAUAUAUGUCGAAAAAGGACUAGAAACUGCUCAAUCAUAUUCUGAAUAUGAAAUCUUGGCAAUAAAACAGUUUACUGAUAUUAUCCUAGAUUUUAAGUCAAAAUACCCCAGCAUUCAAAUUGAUUCACUUCUCCUUCGACAAUUAUUUGAGUCUAACACCUUUCAGCACCGAAAAUUGCCUAUAUUUUCGGUAGUAAAUAUUUAUAACAGCCAAAAAAUUAUAAAAGCUCAAAUUGAAGGCUGAAACGCUACAAUUUUCAAUUCAACAUUUUUUUAUCCUGGGAACACAGCAAUUACCCCAAAAAGAUCAGAAACUGAAAUUGUUGUUUCAAUUGCUUCAGGGUCGGCUGAGCCAGAUGGAUCUACUAAUAUCUACAACCCUCAAAACUUUUUAGGCUCGUUAUAUGCCCAAUGAGUCAUAAACAACUCAACCUCUCUUCUGAAAAACUUUUAUAUAUCUCAAUUUCAGACAAAUUGCGGAUCAAGCAUUUUUGAUCUAAAAUUCUACUAUACGUGUAUGAGGCAAUAUAAAGAUCAGCUUGGCGUAGCUUUUCUUUCCCCUUCUUUUGAUAUUGGAGCUAUUGGAUAUAUUUAUGCAUUUAGGGGCUUAGGGGUUGAGAUACCUCACUGCGGAGCUUCUACUGUGGUUUCUUUUUUGUCAAAUAAAACUGAAUAUCCUGAAUAUAUGAGAAUCUCAACGAGUGGAGACUAUAUUGCAACAAAUUUAGCUAAAAUUAUUUCUUAUCUUGGUUGAACUCAUGCUGCAGUAAUAUUUGGAAAUAAUACUUAUAAUUACCCUUUAUAUAAAAAACUCUAUGACGAAUUCGCUUCACUAACUUCCUUCUGUGAGCGAACAAAAUCAUUGGAAAAAUCUCUAUUUUGGGUAAAAACCAAUCCUCCGUGAGUGAACAAAAAUUUUUUAUGAAAAAAAUGAUAUAUAAAUGAUAAUAGUAUAAUAAUCUCUGGCUAAUUCUGUUUAAUUUUAAACAAAUUGCUUUUUAAAAUAUAAAUUUUAUAAAUUAAAUUAAUAUUUGCUUCCCAAUUUUUGCAAAUUAGGAUUUUUUUAAAAUUUCGAAAACAAUAUUUUUCUAUAAAAUUUAUAUAUAAUUUGUUUUAAAAACAAAUUUAACCCCCCUUCGCGAGUGAACAAAAUUUUUUUGUUCACUCACGGAGUUGGGGAGAGUAAGAGUAUCUAUUAUGAAUGAUGAAAACAAAAAAUUAAUUCCUCAAAAUUACUUACUCCCCCCUCUGUGAACGAGCAAAAUCAUUGGAAAAAUCUCUAUUUUUUAUGCCAAUAACCUACCCUCCGUAAGAGAACAAAAAUUUUUAUGAAAAAAAUAAUUAAUAUAUAAAUAAAGAAAUCACUAGAUAAUUCUGUUUAAUUUUAAACAGCUUGCAUUUUAAAACAUAAAUUUAGCAAAAUUGAAUUAAUUUUUGCUUCUCAAUUUUUACAAUUGGGAAUUUUUAAAUUUUAAAAAAAAAUUAACCCCCUCUAAAGCGAACAAAAUUUUUAUGUUUGCUCACUGAGGGGGGAGUUAAGGACUGAUUUUGAACAGUAUAAGUAUAUUUUUAAACAUAUUUAUAGCUUAAAAGUCAGAAUUUGUCUGCUAGUUCUAGGGAACCCGUAUGCUUGGCAUGCAAUUGAGGGUUUAUACGAUGUAGGCUUUAGGAAAGGCGACAUAAUUCUUUUUGUAACCAGCAAAGCUGGAGGGUCUGGGCCUGUUUUUAAUGACCUCGAUGAACAUGUAAUUAAAAGAACAAGCCUGAUGGAUGGAUCUCUUAGUGGCUCUAUCAAUGAAUAUGUAGGAAACUAUGGAGAAAAAAUCAAGCAAGAAAUAAUUCAAGCCUUUUAUCCUUAUCCUCCAAGCUAUAAGUGCUACUCUUUUGAUGCUUUUAUGCUAGUAGCUCAUGGGCUUGACUAUACAAUUAAUCAAGGAAGUGAUAUAGAAAAUCCUUGACUACUAAACAAAAAUUUGAGAAAGCAACGGUUCAUUAGCUGCAGUGGACUGAUCUCUAUUGAAUCUAACAGCAAUAACAGAAACUACGCAUCUAUCAAUUUCAAUAAUUUUUAUUACAAUAAAACAGACAAGACUUAUUAUGAAGUCCCAGUCACUAUAGUUAACUUAGGAACACAAGUACUUUUCGAGCAAAUACAAGAAAUCACAUGACCUGGAAAUUCUCAUACAACUCCAAACGAUAUGAGAGAUAAAAAUUUUGAUUGCCCAUUUGAGGAAAAAAUUACCAGUCACUCUGAAAAAGGCAUUGGGGUCUUCUUUGGGAUUUGUUUUGCGAUUUUUUCUAUUUCAAUCUAUAUUUCAUUUUUAAUAUGGAAAAAAUAUAAAAAAGUAUAUAUACCCAAAUUACUGAAAACCAAGAAGCUAAAAUUCGCUGAUAUGAUGGUUUAUUCGGUGAUUGCUGUAGGAAUCAUAUACUUUAAAUAUGGCGUCUCAACUUAGGCUUGGCCUCUUCGCCAAGCAGUCUCGAGCCCUAUUUAACGUAUAUCCGGCAAGAUUUUACCAACGAAGAAAUGGGCAGCUACGCUAGGUUAGCAAUUCCCGCAGGAGGCAGGAGCCUAGCCUUAGUCCGCUUUCGGAGUUUAUUUUUCCUCAAGGGUAAAGGAGGUUGGAGUUGGAAAGGAGGCGACAGCUAUGCUUGCAGGGAACACCCAGGCCAUUGGGCAUGCCGCUAGCGAGAAACCAGGAGUUUGGCCUGGGCUUCACUUUUCCUUUUUGCCGAAAGUCGACCAGAACACCCAUUUUUUUGGGUUUUCUGUGUGGACAACCUUGUAUCCCACAGUCUCAAGCAGGCCGCAGAAUUCCUAAAUCUGCCCACUCAAAACUGGAGCAAGGUUGUAGCUUGCAAGGAGGAGACUUUCAACAAAACAGGCUAGCCAUUAAGUUGGAGUCCUGUAGGCGGCGUCGCAAAGCGGAGGAACCUUCGGGUCUGGGUGACUGCGUCAAAACUAACAGCUUAGCAGCUGAUAAUCUCGUAAUUAAGAUUAAGAUUGCUGUAGAAUUUUUCCAAUAUCUUUAUUUAGGCCCACCAAUACUCUCAAUUAACUCUGCAGUUACGCAUGCCAGUGAUAUGGCAUCUCUAGACUUUUCUAAAUUAACAUCAAUUAAGAGAACAGCUUUUUGGAUCCAGAUGAUUAUCACCAUUUGCAUAGCUUGAUUGAUGGUAUUUUUGAAUUUUUUUACAAUGACGAAGCUGAGAAACUGUUUUAUAUUUAAUUUUUUAGCAAAUAUCAGAUCCCUCUUAGAAAUAUUAAUGCCCUUACUCGGAAAUAUUUUAUUUGUCCCUAUACUCUUAUUUUUAUUAAAUAUUUUUGCGUGCACCCAUACAACUGGAAACAGUGUUUUAGGCACUUACUUGGAUAAAGACUGCUAUCAAUAUUGCUGGGAAGAUAAACAUUUACUGUUCGUGUUCUUGUGUUUAUUCACAAUUUUUGUUUAUGUACCUUUAACAAUUUAUUAUCGUCCAGUGUAUCAAGAUGUCCAAGAAUCAUUGCAUAUAAAAACUAUGCCAAGCUAUUUGGUGAUAAAGAGUUUUGCUCAAAUUUUCUUUGUGAUUUUCAAAAAAACUAUUGGCCUUUGGCAACCUGAAAUUCAUGGAUUUCUUUAUUUUGUUUUUUUUUCUAUCUACAUAUGAAUGAUUUACCUUGUGAAGCCAUAUAAUUAUGAUAAAAUUUGCUUAAUCCUCAAGAAUAAGAAGAUUAAGAUUAAGAUUACGAUAACACUUUGUCGACCCCCACUUAGCUUAGGAUCUAACAAUACAAGCCCUUCCUCCAUGAAUUCCAUCCACUAGCGAACAGCUCUGAACAACGGUAGGUGGAAUCGGCCUAACCGUCGAACCGUUACAGUCGCCCUUGGCCCGGACGAGUCUCUCUUUGUUUCUUGAAUGUGAUUCAAGUACACUUGGGGCUGCCGGAGCAGUCCCAACGCUGAUUUCCUUCAGAAAGAAUGAACUUCCCUCACUAGGACAAGUAUAGGGGACUGUACCCCUGACUCAUACAUUCCAUAUUUAAUUGUGAAGAAUAAGAAAAAAUUGGAAAAAUUCUAGCGUAUAAGCUAUUUAACUUUCGAACAAAAAAAUAUUAUAAAAUAUAUGAUUUAUAGUCAGCUUGCAUUUUCAAAUAUUUCCGAUUGGAUUUUUUGAAAUUUAAAUUCAAGCUAAUUCUAAAUAUGAAAUUUCAAAAAUUAAUUAAUUUAGCAAAAAGUUUGGCUUGCCUAAAAGGGAGGGAGUUAAUACUGAUCAUAUCAAUGCUAAUGGUUGCCUGAUCUGUAUUUUGGACAUCGAUAGCUAAUGUAGUCAUGGGAAAUCUUACACCAUGAAUAUGCUGUCAACUCAUUGGGUGAGCUGUAAUAUUUAUUUUGGGAUAUUUAAAAGCUAAAAAACUACCAUCACUAAUUAUUACAGAAAGUGGAUCUUAA